GGGCGCUCCAGGAAGGCGAGGGGAGGCAGAGCGAGGCAGCGCGCCCGCGCGCGACCCACUUCAAGCAGGGCGGAGAGAAAGAAGGGAGAAGGAGAAGAAAAGAAAAGGAGAACAAAAGGAGAGAAGAAGACAAGGAACCCUUCCUCCUUUUGGGAGCCCCGGUUGUGUGUGGAUCAGCCCCCGGCUGGGUUUUCCCUCUUGGCUUUGUAGAGAGCAAACACAAGUUGCGUCUGGAAGCGAGGCAAAAGUUGGAGAGAACUUUGCGCCCGGCGUCGCCAGUUCGAUUUUUGUCCUUUUUGAUUUUUUGUUUCCCUUUCCUUUUUGGGGGGAUUCUUGGCUCUCCCGCCCCGCAUCAUCUGCUCGUCGCCUAUCCACCCACCCACCCACCGACCUCUGCCUCCUCCCUUCCUCCGAAAAGCGAUUCGUCGAUACCUGAAGGAAAGAUGAAUAUUUAUCGCCCACCUUCGGGGGCCCAAACGAAAGUCUCGGGCCUGAAAUACAGCAGCAAGACCGAGGACAUGAACGGCCUUGAGGAAGGGGUGGAGUUCCUCCCCACCAUGAACACCAAGAAGCUUGAGAAGCGUGGUCCAAAACGUUGGAUAGUGGUAGUCAUCGUGGUAUCCAUCUGCCUGCUCCUUUCCCUGUUGGUUGGGCUGCUGGUUUGGCACUUCAAAUACAGGGCUGUCCUUGUGCAGAAGCCAUACAACGGCCACAUGAGACUGAUAGGCUCACGGUUCAUUGAUGCCUAUGAGAAUUCCAGCUCUCCUGAAUUUGCUGCACUGGCAAAGAAUGCAAAGAACAUGCUCUUAAACAUCUAUGCAAAGAAUUUGGAUGUUGGCCCCUUCCACAAAGAGUCGGUGAUACUAGCAUUCAGUGAGGGCAGUGUGAUUGCUUACUUCAUGUCCAUGUUCAGUGUUCCUAAAUACAAGUUGGAUGCUCUUGAUAACGCCAUAGCAAAUUUCCGUAGUUUAAAUCUAGCUGGUUUAGGAAAACUGCGGAAGCAAGAAUUUCAAGUGGAGUCUCUCACUGCUUUUCCUUCUGAUGAGGAUAUCGUUAAAGCAACCCGAGACAACAGCUGCAAAUAUGCGUUGCAUGCCAAAGAAGGGAAGGUGAUCAGCUUUACGACGCCAGGAUUCCCAAACAGCCAUUACCCACCCAACAUGCGCUGCUUCUGGGCGCUGAGAGCUGAUGCCAACAUGGUCAUUAGCCUAACCUUCACUACAUUUGAAAUCGAGCCAUGCCAUCUAGGAGAGGACUUUGUCAAGGUGUACAACUCAUUGAGCCCAGUGGAAGAACGCUCGCUGGUGAAACUGUGCGGGAGCUUUGACAUUUCAUACAACCUGACAUUCAUCUCUUCUCAAAACGUCCUCCUAGUUAUGUUAAGUACAGAUGCAAGAGGAAGAUUUCCUGGGUUCAAAGCAGAAUUUUUCCAGAUGCCAAAGAUGACAUCUUGCGGUGGAGUUUUGAAGGGCGUAUCAGGGAACUUUACCACACCAUAUUAUCCAGCCUUCUAUCCUCCAAAUCUGGACUGCGUAUGGAAUAUAGAGGUGCCUGAGGACAAAAAUGUUAAGAUACGCUUCAAUGAAUUCUACCUUGAGGAUCCUGGUGAUGCCUCCAACUCCUGCCCCAAAGACUAUGUGGAAAUCAACGGUGUCAAAUAUUGUCAGCCCAGCAAGGGAUUUGUGGUAAUGAGUAAAACCAACAGAAUUACAGUUCGUUUCCACUCAGAUAGUUCACAUGUGGACAAUGGCUUCUCGGCUGAGUAUUUGUCCUUUGACUCCAAUGACCCUUGCCCAGGGAAAUUCACCUGCAAAAGUGGCCGCUGCAUCAAAAAAGAACUGCGCUGUGAUGGGUGGUUUGACUGUCCAGAUGCCAGUGAUGAGAGAAAUUGCAAUUGCACUAAGAAUCAGUUCCGAUGCCAUAAUAAUUGGUGCAAGCCAAAAUACUGGCUUUGUGAUACGGUGGAUGACUGCGGGGACAACAGUGAUGAACUGCAGUGCGGAUGUCCUCCUGACAGCUUCAAGUGCAGUAACGGCAAUUGCAUCCCAAUGCGGCAGAAAUGCGACGGGAAAGCAGACUGCAAAGAUGGCAGUGACGAGGGAGAGUGUGGCUCUGCAGCCACCGUUUCCUGUCAAGCAUAUACCUACAAAUGCCGCAACAAUAUGUGUGUGAACAAGAGGAACCCGGAAUGUGAUGGAGCGGCAGACUGCAGCGACAAUUCAGAUGAAGAGAAUUGCAACUGUGGCCUCCGUGAGUAUAGCAAGCAAUCCCGGAUUGUGGGUGGAAUGGACUCCAAUUUGGGCGAAUGGCCCUGGCAGGUCAGCCUGCAUGUCAAGAGCGAGGGUCACGUCUGUGGGGCUUCCUUGAUAUCCAACAAGUGGCUGAUCACAGCUGCCCAUUGCUUUGUUGAAAAGAACUACAUCAAAUACAACGAACCCUCCCUGUGGACUGCCUACAUGGGCCUUCUGGACCAACAGAACAGGUCGAAUAGCCUCGUUCAGAAAAGGGCGAUCAAGAGAAUCAUCAGCCACCCGCACUUCAAUGACUUCACGUAUGACUUUGACAUUGCUGUGAUGGAGCUGGCCAGCCCUGUCACUUUUUCCAAAGAGAUCAGAGCUAUCUGUUUGCCUGAUGCCACCCACGAAUUCCCUACAGGAAAAAACAUCUGGGUGACCGGAUGGGGAAGGACUGAAGAAACAGGUCCUGGUGCCAGAAUUUUGCAGAAGGCAGAAAUCCGGGUGAUCAAUCAGACCAUGUGUGAGUCCCUGUUGCCCAAUCAACUCACUGCACAAAUGAUGUGUGUAGGAGUCCUGACGGGAGGAAUUGAUGCUUGCCAGGGAGAUUCUGGAGGGCCGCUUGCCAGUAUAGAAGUUAACAAUAGGAUGUUCCUGGCUGGUAUAGUCAGCUGGGGAGACGGUUGCGCUCGCCGGAACAAGCCCGGCGUCUACACCCGGGUCACUAAGCUACGAACGUGGAUCAAACAGAAAACAGGGUUGUAGGUGGUUCCCGCCACUAGGAUGGUUCACACCUCUUGAUUCCUCGUGCAGGUCGGUCAACCUGGCCAUUGAAGAAGACAUUCCCACAUGAUGUGAAGGGAACCCUGUCUCAUAUGUUCAACCCUUCUCUCCUUUGGUUCUCACCCUUCUGGGUCUUCCAGGGAGGGAAGGUUGGUUUGAGAACAAAUGACCCACCUGGAUUUAAUUGUACAUGGACCGUUUCCACCUGGGAGAGCUUUGUUCCUUGCUUCUGUCUCCUGAGAUCACCGCCAUGUCUUCAUUUAAAUCCGAAACUGAGUUUUUGACCGGCCUGGAGCCUCCGUCACAGAUCCGACUUUUGCACAGGUGUGCAAGGGAAGGUUGGAACCAAUUUGAGAUGGGAUUAUACUGACUCCUCUUCUUCCCAAGUCACCAAACAGAUGACCGUGGGAAGAAAAGAAGACUACCCUGCCUGUUUAGAAAACAGAUUGCAGAUCUUUGGGCUUGAAGCCCUGUUCUUUUCCUUGUUGUGUCCAACACAGUGCCGUCUGUGAUUAAUCCUACAUCCUAUGACUUUUAUCUUAAAAUUCCUCACUAAGAGUAAGGUUGCUAUCUUUGGUAUCUUGGUGUGCAACUCCCCGGAACUCUUGCGGGAAGGGAAUUAUGACAAUUUCCAGAUUUGCUAUGAUGUGGAUUGAUUUAGGGCAGAGUUCCCCAAACUUGGCAACUUUAAGACUUGUGGACUUCAACUCUCAGAAUUCUGAAAGUUGAAGUCCACAAGUCUUAAAAGUUGCCAAGUUUGGAGACCUCUGAUUUAGAGCUAUAAUAUUGCUGCAAAAUUUGGUGGACCACUAGAUGGGAGCAGAGAGAUUCCGAAAGCUGCCUUUUGCUCAUAGCCAGUGAUAUUCUGGAUAUUUUCAGCAGAAAUAAAGAGCAGCUUCUUUGAUUAAAUUAUUUUCCCCCCUCCUUAUCCCGAGUGAAUUUCACAAUAUCAGUGUGCAAUGGCCUAUAAAAUACAACCUUGUUAUGCCAACAAAGUAAGCACUGAAAAUCAUACUCAGUCUGCAAUGUUAGAAGCAAUCAUACCAGAUCUUGCUGUUUUUUUAAGGAAAUAUUUCCCAUCUUCAACUUCACCUCUUUUUUAUAAUAUGCUGGUCAGAGAUGCAAAGACCUAGGGAAAAAACAGGAAGGGAGGGGGAUGGACAGCCGGUAUAUUUUACACCCCCUCCCUCUGAAUUUUUCCUUUCCCGCCCUCAUUUGUUUCCCUGUCUUUACCCCACAUCCGCCAGGAUAAUUCAGAUUGAGAUUCCUUCCUGAUAUUUUUUUUGAACUAUAUUUCUAUCCAUUUUAGUCCCAGGGAUAAAAAGUUCUGACUUUAGCUUUCUUUGUAGAUGGAAUCAAAUUCUACUGUCGAUUAUCAAUAGGUUGCCUGCAGAUCUCCAAAACACCUUUGAGGAUUUAAAAAAAAA